CAUCAAUCACAGAAUAAUUCUCUCUACCCUUUCUCCAUUCUGCUCAUUAUAUAUAACAAUGUUCAUUAGCUCCACCAUUGAAACACCACUCACCCUUUCUUCUCCCAGCUUCACCUCUUUGGAGUAAGCCAAACCCACAAACCAGAACUUUCUUAAAAGUGGGAAAGAAAUGGUGAAAUUUUCCAAGCAGUUUGAGGGCCAGCUUGUUCCUGAGUGGAAAGAAGCAUUUGUUGAUUACUGGCAACUCAAGAAAGACCUUAAGAAGUUCCAUCACCAUGAUCACCACACCACCACUUCACCAAACAACUGCAAUGGCAUUAGCAGCAGCAACUUGGCCACUAAGUUGGUUACUUGUCUAAAGAAACUCACUCAUAAUUUGGGCCAUGGACAUAGAGACCACCACCAUCAUGGAGCCAUUCAAGUUCACAAGAAGCUGGCCUCCACACUCAGCAGAGGCGACACGUAUGAGACCGAAUUGCUGGAUCAGUUUGAAGACAGUGUUGCAGUGAAGGAUUUCUUUGCCUGCUUAGAUUUGCAGCUUAACAAAGUGAACCAAUUCUUUAAGUCCAAGGAGAAGGAGUUUGUGGAGAGAGGGGAAUGCCUCAUGAAACAAAUGGACAUCCUCAUUCAUCUCAAGACUGCACUCAAAAACCACCACAACAACAAGAAUUCUUCUCUGCCUCAGGAUUCCAAGGAUGAUCCAUCCAUUUCAUGCACCAUUACCUGUGAAGGAGAAGAAGAACAAGAGGAAGAAGAGAAAGAGCCAGAGGAGAAUGAGUCAGAGAAGGCUAGUGGUGAUGAAGCAGUGGACUCCCCAAGAAUGAAGAGAGAGGAUAUGAAGAUGAGAACAAUAUCGGGUCGGGUUUUCAGCUGCAAAGGCAAGAACUUGAGGCUCAACAUUCCAUUGACUACACCUCUGCGCACUUUCUCUGCAAUCAGCUAUCUGGUUUGGGGAGAUAAUUCGGUGUCGUCGAAGAAAUGCAACCCUGAAGGAAGCAGGCUGCCUGUUCACAUCAACAAGACAAAGUUGCAUCAUGCUGAGAAGAUGAUUAGGGGAGCUUUCAUUGAGCUCUAUAAAGGCCUUGGUUAUCUCAAGACUUACAGGAACUUGAACAUGCUAGCUUUCAUCAAGAUUUUGAAGAAGUUUGACAAGGUGACUGGGAAACAAGUACUUCCAAUCUACCUCAAAGUUGUUGAAAGCACAUACUUCAACAGCUCUGACAAGGAUAAGAAAGAAAAGGUGUUGCUUUUGCUGAUUAGUGGGUUUGGGGGAAAUGACAGGACUAUUCACUGGGUGCUUCAUUGCCCUCCUAGCUGGAUAUGUGAUCAUGGCUCAUGUCACCGGAAUGUACAGACCGCAACCAACGCAAACAAACACAACAUUCUAUAUGGAGACUGCGUAUCCAGUCCUAAGGCAAGCUUCUUAGAUCACAUGUUCAGCCUCAUGUUCUUGCAUUUCUUCAUGUACGGCUGCAACAUUUUGAUGUGGAAGAGAACAAGGAUCAAUUACGCCUUCAUAUUCGAGCUGGCACCAACCAAGGAUCUCAAGUACAGAGAUGUGUUCUUGAUCUGCACAGCUGCGAUGACUAUUGUUCUCGGAGUCAUGUUUGGUCACCUCGCCCUUCUUGCAAAGGGCUACUCCUAUUAUUCCCACAUUCAAGCCGUCCCCGGGCUUCUCCUUCUGGCCUUCCUGGGGUUAUUAUUCUGCCCUUUCAACAUUUUCUACAAGUCAAGUCGGUACAGGUUCCUCUGCGUCAUAAGGAACAUCGUUUUAUCACCAAUGUACAAGGUUGUCAUGCUGGAUUUCUUCAUGGCAGAUCAACUCUGUAGCCAGGUGCCAAUGCUAAGGAACCUGGAAUAUGUAGCAUGCUACUACAUAACAGGAAGCUACAAAACCCAAGACUAUAACUACUGCAUGAAGGCCAAGCAUUACCGCGAUCUUGCUUAUGCAGUCUCCUUCCUACCCUACUACUGGCGAGCCAUGCAGUGUGCAAGGAGAUGGUUAGAUGAAGGGGAGACAAGCCACCUAGUGAAUCUAGGCAAGUAUGUGUCAGCAAUGUUAGCAGCAGGAGCCAAAGUGGCUUAUGAGAAAGACAGCAGCGUCGGAUGGCUAUGUGUUGUUGUGGCCAUGUCGAGUGCUGCAACUAUUUACCAGUUGUAUUGGGACUUUGUAAAGGACUGGGGCUUGCUCCAGAUGGACUCCAAGAAUCCAUGGCUAAGAAACGAACUGAUGCUGCGACGAAAAUUCAUUUACUAUUUCUCCAUGUCGCCAGCUUUUAUCCCGUUUGUUCAUAAAGGGCCAACAAUUACUUUUGAGCCGCUCUCCGGAGAGAAAUCAAGAUUCAGACUUCAGACAAACUUGGGAAGUUUUUACAAUAUGAAGGCACUUGCACAUGGAAGUUGUUGUCCCGUCAUAACUGCCAUCUCAAACUCGAGGUUCAUACCUUCGCGGCGGUCCGCCAAUUCACUCCCAUGUCGCGUUUCCUUCGAAUCCUUUUCUCCCUCGAGCUCAAAGGCUUCAGCUUUCCGCUUCCCGAGGUUGAGAAUCUCGCAGAGUGAGGCAGUCGACCUACAAUGCCGCUCUAGGCUUCUGGUGUCUGCGGCGGCGGCGGAUGAAGAUUCAGAGACGAAUUCGGAAGUUGAACCAAACAAUUCUUCGGAUGGGGCUGCAACAGUGGACAUAAAAUUGCCGAGGAGGAGUUUGCUUGUGCAAUUCACUUGCAAUGAUUGUGGUGAAAGAACACAAAGGCUUAUCAAUCGUCUGGCCUAUGAGAAGGGACUCGUGUUUGUGCAGUGUGCAGGAUGUGAGCAGUAUCAUAAGUUAGCUGAUAAUCUUGGUCUCAUAGUUGAGUACGAUCUACGGGAGGAGAUUAAGACCGAUCCAAAUGCAGAGGAAGUUUGAUAACCAAAGAUAGAUUCUGUAUGUGCCUCGUUCUUCUCGUGUUUAUAAUGUAAUGCGAAUAUUUAAUCUGCAUACUGGCAGAUCCAAGAAUUAAACAAUACAAAAAUGUGGAUACUGAGCUUGGACAGUUUUGAGGCUGUGCUCUUGCAUUACAGUUCCUCUUAACAUGAGAUAUUAUUGUUUGUACACACAAAACAAUUUCCUUUCGAAGUAAAGGAAAUAAAUCCAUGGCUCUUAAUUGUAACUUUGUAAGCACCUCAAUGAUCUUUAGCUGCCUAGCCUGCAGCAGCCAGCAGAAGUGCCACAGCUAGUCCAGUUCUUGCCCACAUUGUUGUCAUUCGUCCCCUUAUAUACUGUGAAUCUUGCCCAUUCUGCAUGCAAAAAUAUCAAGGGAGCGGUCAUUGUUGGAGUGACUUGAAAUGCAUAGCGUUCUUACUUUGAUAAGGGAGAACAUACCGUAUUUGGUGAUGGUGCAGGGGCAGUGUCAUCAUCCGAAGAUGUCACCACAGGUGGGGAUGGCGGGCUAGGGGGCUUUGGGGCUGGAGCUGGGGCAUGAUGAUGCUUCUUAUGCUUGUGGGGCCUCUUCUUGUGCUUGUGUGCAGCUGGAGCAGGUGAAGGCACCACCGAUAAUGGAGUUGGUGCUGGUGGUGGCAUAGGUGGUGGAGUCAGCGGCGCUGGUGCUGGCGCUGGUGCAGGAGCUGGUGGUGCUGGUGCUGGCGCUGGUGGAGGACUAACUGGGACUGGUGCUGGAGCUGGUGGUGCCUUUGCAGGGGCCGGAGAUUGAGGAGGUGGCAAAGCAGGUGGUGACGUUGCUGGUGCAAAGACAGGCGCAAGAGAUUGAGGAGGUGGAGCAGUUGGAGCAGCGACUGGUGCUGCCUUUGGAGAUGGUGGCGAGAUGGGAGUCUUUGCAGGGAUCGGUGACUGUGCUGGUACUGCUGGGGUUGAUGUUGGUGGCGAUGAUGUCGUAGGAGGAGGAACGGUCGUUGUAGGCGGAGGAGUAGCAGGUAAUGUUGAAGGUGAUGCUGCUGGCGUCUGGCCAUUGACAAUGGCCAAGUGGAAACCAGCAAGGCAGCCCAAGAUGAAAACCCAGGAAAUCAUUGAACCCAUUUUGCUGUUGUGAUGAGAGAAUUCGGAGGGACCAGAUAGUAAGGUUAUAUAAGACCAAACAUUGAAAAGAAUGUUUGGUGAAAGGUGGAGGGAGAGAUGUAGUGUUCAAGGUUGGAAUGCGACAUUGCUACUAAUGAUUUCGAUUAUAGCUUCUCAUGGUCGUGUCAAAAAUGGAUACAGAUAGUGGGUCCUUGAAGGGAAACCAUCAGAAUUCCUUUUCUCAAACCUUGCAUCAAACUUGCUUAAACUACAUUAUUUGGCGCCAUUGUUAAUGAAUGCUGGCUGGAUUUUCAGUUACCAGCAAUGACUUUACCGGUUCAUUUCACCCUGCUGUCCAAUUGACCGAGAUGUUGCUCCUAAUACCAAGACUUUGCGUGGGUA